UAUAGAUAUUCACCAAAAUUUAAAAAUGCUUGUUGAACUGCCACAGGCAGAGAAGUGUUGUUGGGCCGUGAGUCUAAGAAUUGGUGUUGCUAUUAUCAUAGGGAUCCGAAUUAUUUUGUUGCUGCUAGUAAUUAUAAUGCAAAUUAAUUUGAUUUCCUUGACUGACAAAAGAAGUACAAAAGAACCUCUUCCACAGCUUCUGCCAGAGGAAUGGAGGUGGUGUUACGACUUAAAACACAAUAGGUCAUCAGAAAUGGUGUUGAUGACGGUGACCAUGGUGUUGAUGAUAUUGUGGCUUAUAUUAAUGAUACCAGCUGUCUUAUGGGAAUUCUCGAUGAUGAUUCUUCUGGGAGCACUUUUGGAAGUUUUUAUCUGGGCUUGGUUCUUUUUCAUCUCUUCAUACCAGCUUUCUUUGGCUAUACUCGGGAUAUACACAGGACUUCUAUUCUUAUACUCGGUGGUGUGCCUGUUGUUGGAGUGCUACAUCCUGUGGAUAGUCUGGAGCUACUACGUGGAGGUCAAGGAGCUAAUAUGGCAGGCCGAACACCUCGGCCGGACGAAUACAGAAGACGAUACUGAUAGUGGGUGACUAACGACACAGCCUGCGCCUGCUCAC